CACGGGUCUCCAUCUCCCGGCAGACGGCGCAGCCAUGAAUCCGUUAUUCGGCCCGAACCUCUUCCUCCUCCAGCAGGAGCAGCAGGGCCUGGCCGGGCAGCUGGGGGACCCUCUGGGAGGCGACCACUUGGCCGGCGGCGGGGACGUGCCCCCGGCGCCGCUCGCCCCUGCCGGCCCGAGUCCCUACUCGCCGCCCGGGCCGGGCCCGGCGCCCCCCGCCGCCAUGGCGCUCCGCAACGACUUGGGCUCCAACAUCAACGUGCUCAAGACCCUGAACCUCCGCUUUCGCUGCUUCUUGGCCAAGGUGCACGAGCUGGAGCGCCGCAACCGGCUGCUGGAGAAGCAGCUGCAGCAGGCGCUGGAGGAGGGUAAGCAGGGCCGGUGGGGCCUGGCUCGCCGCGACCAGGCCGUGCAGACCGGCUUCGUCAGCCCCGUCCGGCCCCUGGGGCUGCCCCUGGGCGCCCGGCCGGCCACCGUCUGCACCCCGUCGGCGCGAGUGCUGGGCUCGCCCGCGCGGUCGCCCGCCGGCCCCCUCGCGCCCUCCGCCGUCUGCCACCCGGCGCCCUCCACCUCCACCGCCUACUCCUCGUCUGCCCGCUUCAUGCCCGGCACGAUCUGGUCCUUCUCUCACCGCCGGCUCGGGCCGGGACUGGAGCCCACUCUGGUGCAAGGGCCUGGCCUGUCGUGGGUGCACCCGGACGGGGUGGGCGUCCAGAUCGACACCAUCACCCCCGAGAUCCGCGCGCUCUACAACGUGCUGGCUAAAGUGAAGCGCGAGCGGGACGAGUACAAACGGAGGUGGGAAGAGGAGUACACGGUGCGGCUGCAGCUGCAGGAGCGUGUGAACGAGCUCCAGGAGGAAGCCCAGGAGGCCGAUGCCUGCCAGGAGGAGCUGGCCAUGAAGGUGGAGCAGCUGAAAGCCGAGCUGGUGGUCUUCAAGGGGCUGAUGAGCAACAACCUGUCGGAGCUGGACACGAAAAUCCAGGAGAAGGCCAUGAAGGUGGACAUGGACAUCUGCCGCCGCAUCGACAUCACCGCCAAGCUCUGUGAUGUGGCUCAGCAGCGCAACUGCGAGGACAUGAUCAGGAUGUUCCAGGUCCCAUCCAUGGGGGGGCGGAAGCGGGAGCGCAAGGCAGCCGUCGAGGAGGACAUCUCCCUGUCGGAGAGUGACGGGCCCCGCCACCCCGACGGGGAUGAGGAGGAGAGCACAGCCCUCAGCAUCAACGAGGAGAUGCAGCGCAUGCUGAACCAGCUGAGGGAGUAUGAUUUUGAGGACGACUGUGACAGCCUGACUUGGGAGGAGACCGAGGAGACUCUGCUGCUUUGGGAGGAUUUCUCAGGCUAUGCCCUGGCUGCCACAGAGGCCCCGGGAGAGCAGCCGGAAGAGAGUUUGGAGAAGGUGAUUAAAGAUACUGAGUCCCUGUUCAAAACCCGGGAGAAAGAAUAUCAGGAAACCAUUGACCAGAUAGAGCUGGAGCUGGCCACAGCCAAGAACGACAUGAACCGGCACCUGCAUGAGUACAUGGAGAUGUGCAGCAUGAAGCGGGGCCUGGACGUGCAGAUGGAGACCUGCCGCCGGCUCAUCACCCAGUCUGGGGACCGAAAGUCUCCUGCUUUCACUGCGGUCCCGCUUAGCGACCCGCCGCCGCCGCCGCCAAGCGAGGCUGAGGACUCCGAUCACGAUGUCUCAUCUGACAGCUCCAUGAGAUAGGGACCCCCUCCAGCUCGGCCCGCUGGGGUCCCGCUCGCGAGACAGAGGGCUGGGAGUCACAGAAGGGGGCACCGAGCCUGGCCUCGGGCCCUGGGCUCUCCUCCCGGCUUCCUCCCUUGGUCCUCGGCCUCUCUCGGGUUCUGGGGUGUCCGGAGCGAGGCCUGGCCGCACAGCCGGGGUCUCCUGCCUUCACGCCUGGGUGUCUGCUACUCUCGCCUUUAACACGCUGCCGGUGCUCGCGGCCCCUCGCCCUCUCCGUCGAGUAAGGACUGUGAUCUUCCUUCCCUCCCUGUGGCCUGGAGCCAGCUGGUAGUCUUGAUUCUGUACUGGUGCUGACUGGCCCAGGCACUGGUAUGAAGUGGGCCAGGCUGGACAUCCUGUGGCUUGUGUGACAAGAGAGGUUGUCCCUGCGUGUCACAGGUGAGGGAGCGGGACUAGGCACAGCACUGUGUCCUGCUGUCCAAGUGCUCGCAGCCAUCUGCCCGUUGACAGCAGAGUGACAUGGCUGUGACUUCCCUCAUGGAAGUGCUACACAUAACGGGGCCUUAGAGCGCCCAGUCCAGGCAGCUUCUGGGUCUGGCCGAGCGCAGUAUUGUAGAGGGAGGUGGAAGCUCCUGCUUGUCACUGCCAAGUGACAGGAAGGUGGCACUACCUGUGUGGCUGUGUGUGUGUGCACGUGUGCACGUGUGCCUAGCACGUGUGCUCAGGGCCACAGCUUCUUCAAGCAUCAGCGGAAGACGUGCUUCCUCCAUGUCUCGUGCACUGAGACCAACAGACUGAGCAAGAUGUCCCGGACUCGGAAAAGCUCAGAGAAACUGGGGAGGCGAGACUGAAACGACCUCAGCGUCACUGCCGGAGGCAGGCUGGGCUGGGCUGGGCUGAUGUUGAGUGGAAUCUAAUAAUGAAACUGGCAAGUAUUUAUGGAA